CAGUCCAAGCGGGGACCUUUGAAGACUUUGGUUGGUCAUCUUUCCUUCUCAGCUCCGGCUAAAGUAGUUGUUGAAGAAUGAUGCGACCAAAAGAUUUACGCCAGGGCUCCGGCACCAAGACUUUCCUGGACGCCAUGCACGGUGGCAAAGUUCACCUGGCGCGUUUCAUCUUGGACGCCUUGGAUGGACGUAUCAUCAACUCAAAGACUGAAAACAGCCGUACCCCGCUUAUCUAUGCCAUUUGUCUGCAAGAAGCUGGAACCAGAGCCAAGUUUGCCCGGCUCCUUCUCGAGAAAGGGGCUGACGUCAACUGCCAGGAUGAAGACGGGCGCACGGCUCUGAGCCAUGCCUGCGAGCUGGGUCACCUGGACGUGGUGAAGAUUUUAGUGCAGUUCAACGCCGAUCCAGACGUCUCUGAUGUGUGGGGUAACAGCGCUCUGAUGUAUGCUGCAUUUUCUGGGCAAAGCCAGGUGCUAGAGUUCCUAGUCCGGGCUUUUAAAAGACUCGGACUGAGACUGGACAGGAUGAAUAACGCUGGACACACAGCCAUCGAGGUAGCCGACUUCUUCGGACAUAACCAGUGCGUCCAGAUUAUGAACUUUCAGUGCAGACGCAGUGUAGGCGCUGAUGAUCAAACUGCUGACCAGGCAAAUAUUGGGGAGGGAGAGCUACCUAACAGACUGCCCCGGCACGUCCUGGAGAGGUUCUCCAAACAACACAACAAAGAAGACCACCUACCGGGGGUAUUUCAGAGACAUAAUGGCAAUGGGCUGUGGAACCGAUUCAUGUGUCCCAGGAACCAGCUCCAUGAAGAGAACCAUUGCCACAAUUGGCCUCCUCAGAAAAGCCAGACCGAGGCUGAUCAGACUAUUUUCUUUACUGCCAAACAACUCCAAAACUGCCAGCUUAGGGAUCCAAGAGAGGCAAAAACACUCAAUUCUGAGCCUUGCCAGAAAGAAGUCAAGGAGGACAUUGGACUCCAAGAGAAAGCAGGACAGAGGUUUCCUCCCUGUGGGAAAGCAAAGUCCUUCAACUUGGAGCUUUUGAACAGCAGGAAGCAGUCCUACCAGGGAGAUGUACACGACAUGAGCCUGUCCGCCAGCAAGUUCAAGAGAGCCUCGCUACAGGAUGAGCAAUGUCUUCUGGACAACUCUCGGGUCCUGCCAAACGAUGCUGACAAAAUUGCCUCAGUUCCAACAGCUCCUUUAGGCAUCAAGAGUCCAACGUCAAGAGCCCUCGAGGAGAAGUCCAAGAUGGAAGAGUUGAAUGAUACAACUCCGUCAAGACGAAAAGAGCUGCAGAAGAGAGGAAGCUUCGCCCGGAGCGGCAGGCACAACAAAAUGCUGUUUGGCCGACAGGAGACGGAGACCAAGAUGCCCGCACGUGGCCCAGGGUUCGUGGGCCUCGGGACGAGACUGCUCCGUCGAUUCACGGCGCCUGAGUUCAUGAAGAUGGUGAUGGACUGUUCAGCUGGCUCCUCCAAUGGCAGAGGGCGGAUGUCCCGCUCCGAAACCUUCCCUCUUUCCCACACACACCAGCAGGUCAACAGCCAGCCGAGCGUCGACAGCAUCAGCGGGGUCAAAUGUGAGUUUGAGAGCUCCUCUUCUCAGUCCACCCUCGAUUAGGGAGGACAGGCAGGAGGCGUUCAACAACAGAAUUCAUUCUUUUUACAGCACAUACAAAUAAUGCAGUUUGGUUUCAUUCUUUAAGCGGUAAUGUCUUGGGGGGGGUUUUUGUAUUUACAGUGUUUAUGAAUUGUUUAUAAUCUAGCGGUCAAAUCAUUAGGUACACCUGCAAAGUAUGAGAUCUCCAUGAAGAACUGAAUCACUUUGACACUAUAUGAGAAAAUAUAUUUAUUGUGGUUGCUGCAUACUACCAUAACAUUUAAAGAGGUACAACUAAAAUGUUUUGUUUGUUUUUCUUGAGAUUAAAAUGUUUUUCUCAGCUCUUGUAUUAUUCUAAUGAGAUUAAGUGGGUGUGCCUAAUACGUUGGCUGUUGAGUGUAUAUUUGAAAAAAUGUAUACAGUGCUUUAAAAAAAAACAUAUUUAUAUUGUAAAAAAAAGACUAGUAUUUCAUAUUGCUUCUGCACUUAGAAACUAUGGAUUUUUUCGCCUGAUUGUGUUCAGUGACAGUGUAUGAUUCACGCUGAAUAAAC